CCUUCCCACAGUUUUCAUUGCUCACGCCGAAAAAAAGAAAAACAAAUCCAUCCAAGUAGCCUCCAGUACAAAGAAAUAAGCCUGUCUCGCAACUCCACGUUAAACGGUACCGUGUCCCUUUAAAACCGUCUGACAAAAAGCCCAUAUGAUCCCCGAGCUCCAAUCACCAAUUCCUUCUGCAAAAGCAGCCUCUGCAUUUUUGUCUGUCUGAACGCUACAGCAGCACGGUGGGGGUACAAAAAAAAAAAAAAGAUUGAGGAUAAGGCAGAAAGCUGAAGAAAUGUGAUAAUUCAACGGUCAUUUUCAUGGCGGAGGGGAAACUGGUGCGGAAGGAGUUAUUCUGGGACUCCUUUGAGCCUCGAAACGCUGGAUCAAAAUGCUCAUAGUGGAGAAGACCACAGACUUCCCCUCUGCAGAGUUCUCCCUGGUGGAGGAUGUGGCUCUGCACUUCACCUGUUUGAUGGACGGGCUGAACGAGCAGCGCCUCUUCCAGCCUGACCUGUGCGACGUCGACAUCGUUCUGGUGCGUCAGCACAGCACCUUCCCGGCCCACAAGGGCGUGCUGGCGGCCUACAGCCCUUUUUUCCACUCCCUUUUUGCACAAAGCAAACAGCUGCGGCGGGUGGACCUGUCACUGGACGCCCUGACCUCGCAGGGCCUGCAGCAGAUCCUCAACUUCAUUUACACUUCCAAACUGCUGGUGAGCAGCCGCACUGUCCACGACGUGCUCAACGCAGCUGCCCUGCUUCAGAUGAGCGACAUCGCAGCCUCCUGUCGCGACCUCAUCAGCAGCCACUCGCUGAGAACCACCUGCGCAGAUAUGGCCAGUCAGAAAGGGCUCGGUGGCGGUGACCCGGCUUCUGUAGCGAUGCCUUCCAGCCAGCUCUACCCGGAGAUCAAACAGGAGUCGGAGCUGGGGAGGUUGUACAAGAGGGACGGCAGCAGCCCGUUCUCUGUGAGAGUGGAGGAGGCGGACAAGACGGCCUCCCAGCAGAAGCAGUAUUACCAGAAGGACGCGUCAGGGGGCGGGGCUGGUACAGGUGUGGCCGCUCUGUGCAAAGUCGAGAGCAACGGGGAGGAGUCGAAGACCGCCGACAGCCACGGCUCCUUCAACAGAGACCAGAUCAUUGUUGAAGUCAACCUCAACAACCAGACCCUCAACGUGUCAAAGGGGCCGGAGACCAAAUCAACAAGCGCCAUGGAGGCGGCCGCCAUGUUUGGUUGUUGCCACGACAACGAGAGAGAUUCAGAAGAAGGGGAGGAGGACGAGGCGGAGAUCGACGACACGGGCGGAGAAGAGGAGGAGGACGACGACGAGCUGAAGAGGGGGGACAUACUGGGGCCGAGCAGCGAGGAGGAAGACGAGGAGGACGAUGAGGAAGAGGAGGAAAACACCUUAAACAUUCCAGGCUUGGAGCAGCCGGCCUUGAUGGAUCGAACCCGCCGGGGCACCAGAGCCUAUGCCAUGGCGGGUACCACCGCCUCCAUGCGGCAGACACUAGCAGAGGCCAAGCUGGCCAACCAGCGGCUGGGCGGUAGGAGGACGCUGGAUGCAGAGGGCCUGGGCCAGAAGGUGAGGCUAGAGGAGAAGCAACAUUUCCCAUGUAAGAAAUGCCCUCGCGUCUUCAACAACCGCUGGUACCUGGAAAAACACAUGAACGUCACUCAUAACCGCAUGCAGAUCUGCAACAACUGUGGGAAACGCUUCCUGCUGGAGAGCGAGCUGCUGCUGCACCAGCAGACCGACUGUGAGAAGAGCAUCCAGUGUGUAACAUGUGGCAAGGCCUUCAAAAAGCUGUGGUCGUUACAUGAGCAUAACAAGAUCGUCCACGGCUACGCCGAGAAGAAGUUCUCCUGCGAGAUCUGCGAGAAGAAGUUUUACACCAUGGCUCACGUCCGGAAGCACAUGGUUGCUCAUACGAAGGACAUGCCAUUCACCUGUGAGACGUGCGGGAAGUCGUUCAAGCGCAGCAUGUCCCUGAAGGUUCACUCUCUGCAGCACUCGGGAGAGAAACCCUUCAAGUGUGAGAACUGCAGUGAGCGCUUCCAGUACAAAUACCAGCUGCGAUCCCACAUGAGCAUCCACAUCGGACACAAGCAGUUCAUGUGCCAGUGGUGCGGAAAGGACUUCAACAUGAAACAGUACUUCGACGAACACAUGAAGACACACACUGGAGAGAAACCGUACAUCUGUGAGAUCUGCGGGAAGAGCUUCACGAGCCGGCCCAACAUGAAGCGCCACCGCCGCACCCACACCGGGGAGAAGCCCUACCCCUGCGAGGUGUGCGGCCAGCGCUUCCGCUUCUCCAACAUGCUCAAGGCCCACAGGGAGAAAUGCUUCCGCGUCAGCAACCCCAUGGUUAACGACGGCAACGACCCCCUCGGCCUCCAUCAGCCUCUGGCCUCGCCCGCCGCGGACUCUUCCGGCCAGGUGCAGCUGGGGGCGGCGCUCCCCGCCACAUCUGCGACCACACCCGCUGCUGCCUCUAGUCCACACCACCUCCAUGGCACCCAGCUGUCUCUUCCCCUGCUGCACUCCAUGGGGGGGCUGCCUCCCACCCCUCAUUUACCCCCGCCGCCUCCCCUGUUCUCUGCCGGUAGGAUGAACUCCAACAACUAACAAACAUCCGUAGCAUCAAAAGCACUUUUGUUACUAUUGUUUUUCUUAGAGCUUUUAAGGGGACUCCUGCAGCCGGAGAGUGAUGCGCCUCAGUGACAUUUACACUGAGAGGAAAAACUGACUGAAGGCUAACACACAUACACCUACCACAAUAAGAAAUAGUUAUUUUUUACUCCGUUUAAUACAAUAGAUAACCUCAGAGUCCAGUAGGACGUGUCGUCACCAUGCCUCUCCUCAUGAAUUUCACAACUCUGUUCUGGUUUCUUUUGGGAUUUUCCACCCCCGCACACAUCUCUCCAGAGUCUUGCACAAUGCAUUGAUUGUAGCAUCUUUUACAAAGUCUAAGGAAGAGUUUCCUAAAUCCUCACUCUACGGGGGUCACAAGUCAAGCGAGAACCACACUAUAAUGAGAAUUAUAAAAAAA